GUCCGCGCCGCCGGGAGGGUCAGUGCGCAUGCGCGGAGCGGCCCGCUCAGCCCCGCCCGGUCCCGCGCUGCUCGGCGGCCGCGCGAGGGAGGAGGCCGCGAUGGCAGACGAGAUCGCAAAGGCUCAGGUCGCCCGGCCUGGGGGCGACACGAUCUUCGGGAAGAUCAUCCGCAAGGAAAUCCCCGCUAAAAUCAUUUUCGAGGACGACCGGGCAGUAUCCCAAAAAGCACUCCCACGAGAGACGAACGUGGAUGUGUUCCAGACGCCUUGCACCUGCGGAAGAGAGCCAGAGACACGCACACAUUCAUGCAGUGUGUUUACAGAUACUUCUGAAGUGUGUCUUGCUUUCCAUGACAUUUCCCCUCAAGCUCCAACACAUUUUCUGGUGAUACCUAAGAAGCAUAUUGCCCAGAUUUCCGUAGCAGAAGAUGAUGAUGAAAGUAACUUGAUGGAAAUAUCUCCUGGAACUGAGUUACAGAAUACUAACUUAUCCACAAAUGAAAGGAAUAUAGCUGUAACUCUCUGCUGUCUUCUACACCAGGAAGCACAGUUUUAAAGCUGGAGUGAGCUGCAAAUCUUACAUAUAAGCAAGUAAUCUCAGAUCUUCUUGGACAUUUAAUGAUUGUUGGCAAGAAAUGUGCUGCUGAUCUAGGCCUGAACAGGGGUUACCGAAUGGUAGUAAAUGAAGGUGCAGAUGGGGGACAGUCUGUCUAUCAUGUUCACCUCCAUGUUCUUGGAGGUCGGCAGAUGCACUGGCCUCCUGGUUAAGCAUGAUUGGGGGUUAAUUUCCCUUCUUUGGCCAAUGAUUAAGUCCGCAAGUUCCAGUAUGUUAAACAGCACACUUACUGUUGGCUGUGUAAGGAGAGAUGAAAGAAAUUGUAAAAUCCUGUGUGUAAUAAAAGACGUCAUUGCAUGGUUUACAGUC